CACUCAUGUAGUAGUAUACACCGAGUGUCAGCCACGUCAUUUGUAUUAAUUCUUCAAUGUUGUCUUCAAAUAUUUAGUUAGAAUUAGUGUUUAAAAACCUUAUUUUCGGCAGCAUAAAGUAGACAAUUGUUUGAUGGAAUAAGGAUUGCGUUACAAAUUAACUGUCACGUUAUUACAUUUAAGAGAAAUGAAUAUAUUUCGCUUAGCCGGUGAUUUGUCACACGUAGUGGCGAUAAUUAUACUAUUACUAAAGAUUUGGAAAACUCGCUCCUGCGCAGGAAUAUCUGGAAAAUCUCAAAUUCUGUUUGCAUUGGUUUAUUUAACGCGUUACUUGGAUUUAUUUACUACUUAUGUUAGCCUUUACAAUUCUGUGAUGAAGGUACUAUUCAUAUCGGCGUCUGGGACAACAUUAUAUUUAAUGUAUGGAAAAUUCAGAGGAACUUACGACCAUAAUCAUGAUACUUUUCGUAUUGAGUUCUUACUUGUCCCAUGUGGGUUGCUGUCGUUGACUAUUAAUCAUGAAUUUACUCUGAUGGAAAUUCUAUGGACAUUUUCAAUAUAUUUGGAAUCCGUAGCUAUUCUUCCACAGCUGUUUAUGGUUAGCAAAACCGGAGAAGCUGAAUCCAUUACUAGUCACUAUCUGUUUGCUCUUGGUUCAUAUCGUGCUCUUUAUUUAUUAAACUGGAUACAUCGGUACAUAGCAGAGACUCAUUAUGAUCUGAUUGCUAUUUUUGCCGGAAUAGUACAAACUAUUUUAUACUGCGAUUUCUUUUAUUUAUAUAUAACUAAAGUACUAAAAGGAAAGAAGUUGCAAUUACCGGCAUAAAACUUGGAAUAUCUCAGCAUUUUGAGUGUUAAAUAGAAUUAAUAGAUUUCCAAAUGUAAUAACUUUUAAUUAUUUAAGAGUGCAUUUUAAUAUUCUAUCUAUAACUUUUCGAAGUUUAAAAAUGUAAUAAUACUUUUAUGUUCUCCAUAACGGUUAAUUUUAGUAGUGUAAAGAUAUAUUACCUGGAUUCAAUAUCACUUGUGAAAUAAUUUAAUAAACCUAAGUCUACAUCUUG